UUUUUUUUUCGGUUUCGUCUCCUCCAAGUUUGUUGGAACCCUUUAGAGCGUUGGAUCUUGGCGGUCCCCAACGCACACUCUAUCCCUCAAUCCCCAUUUCGCUAUUACAGCACAUACCAAAACCGCGCUGCUUAUCUGAUAUUCGAAAUCCCCAAAAGCUUUGACCAAAACCUAGAGAGCAGAGAUGACCAAAGCUCAUCUUCCGUCAGCGUUGGCCGCCGAUGUCACUUUAGGACGACCGACCGAGUCGCCGACCCUCGUAGCAGCAGCAGCAGCAGCAGCAGCACCGAUGGACGCGACGCUGCCUGUGACGGCUGCGCUCAAACCACUGACGGCGACGACCACGACGACGACGACGACGCAGCAGCCAGCUGCCCACCCCGCGCUGUGGACGGGCUUUUACAAGAAGACUGUGGACGAGCGCCGCGAUCUGCUUGCACUCGCCUUCCCGCGGGUCCCGCAGCCUGCAUUCGAUGGCCUGGACGAGACUGCUGCAGACAACAUGGUCGAGAACUGCAUUGGAACGAUCGGGCUGCCAGUUGGGUUAGGUGUGAACUUUGUCAUGAACGGCCAACCCUUCGUCGUACCAAUGGCAGUGGAAGAGCCGUCCGUCAUUGCAGCCGUUUCCGGCGUCGCCAAGCUGCUCGCGGCGCAUGGCGAGCCAAAGGGCUUUGUGGCGACUCACAGUGAGCGAAACAUUGUGGUUGGCCAAGUCCAACUGCUGGACAUUCCGGAUAUGGCAGCUGCCGAACAAGCAAUUGCUUUGGAGAAGGAACAGCUCAUCGAGCUCGGCAACAUGUUUUGCAAGAACAUGGUCACCCGCGGUGGCGGUGUUUGCAACGUGACGUUUCGAAGAGUUUACUUGACCCCGCGAAGGCGAAACGGGAACGCAGUGGCUGUUUCUGUCGUUCCGGUCUGCUUGGUCGUUGAGAUGCAUGUGGACGUAUGUGACUCGAUGGGCGCCAACUGCGUCACCGGUGUGGCUGAAGGCGUUGCGCCAACGCUCGCGCGGCUGACCAACGGUCGGGUGGGCGUGCGCAUUUUGUCCAACCUGACCAUGGAUCGGAUAGCCACGGCCUCCUUCCGCAUUCCAACCCGCGCCAUGGCAUACAAGGGCUACUCGGGUGAGAAGGUGGUGCAGUCCAUGCUCGAACUGUACCAGUGGGCUGACAAUGAUCCCACUCGCGCCUGCACCAACAACAAGGGCGUCAUGAAUGGGAUUGACGCCGUUGCGCUCGCUACCGGGCAAGACUUUCGUGCGCUCGAGGCCGCUGCUCACGCCUAUGUUGUGGCUCAGCACGGCCGCUACGCGCCUUUCACUGAAUAUUGGCUGGAAGAUGACGGUGCAACGUUUUGUGGCCAGCUUUCCCUUCCAAUGCCGGUGGGUGUGUUUGGUGGUCCCCUGCGCACCAAUGCUGCCUACCAAAAUGCGCUCCUGCUGCUGGGCAACCCGAGCGCCAAGACCCUAGCCAUGAUUCUGGUCUCGGUUGGUUUGUGCCAAAAUUUCGCAGCCAUGCGGGCAUUGUCAACAGAAGGCAUCCGUCGGGGUCAUAUGGCGCUGCAUGCUCGUAACAUUGCCAUUGCCGCUGGAGCGCCCUCUCAUGCUGUUCAAGAAGUGGUUGCCUUCAUGAUUGCCACCGACCGAAUCACCGUGGUCGCGGCCUCCGAGUACCUCAAGGCGCAUGCCAUUCACGCAGAGCUCUUUCGAAGCGAAAAGGAGCGCCUGCAGCUCCUUUAUCAGCACCAAUUGGCGAUGCCUGGGCUCCUGCUGCCCCAUGCUGACUCGUCAGCUGUUGAGACUGCUGUCAACGCGACGGGCAAUCUCCCCAGCGGCAAUGAUGCCGUGGUUGCCCCGAGCACGUUCCUGUACGAGGAAGCAUUCAGUUCCACAGUGCCAACGGCAGACGGCGCGCCGGGCAGCGCACGCAUGACAUUCAACGUUGCGUUCGAAACACUUGGCGACACCCCCGAGUAUGUCGUUUUUGACCAAGAUCGCGAAAACCCGCUGACCUUGGCGCUCUUUGGACGUCGUGGCCACUCCUGGCUCUCGGCAGUCAUGCGUUCGCUCGACACGUUGCGCCUGCCCUCGCCUGGCCCGCCUCGCGCCAACUUGCACGUGGUCAAACGGCUCAAAACACUGUCCAUCUUGAUGAACAUUCUCACUCGCCAGCUCAUGAUUAUCAAUUCUGAUGCCACCCGUCAAGUGCUCGGCCUUGUACUGGGAAGCAAGCGCAAGCAUCGACUCCCGACCCACGCCAACGCUGAGGUACCCGCAUCGACGACUCUGCUUGCUCCACGCUCUGUCGAUCCGGCGGCUGGGGUGCACAGCGGCAUCUCGAAGGAGUCCCGCCCGACGUUGUCUCUUCAACUUGCAGGCGCAUCUUCCGAACCCGCGGAAACGCGCGCACUCCUGCAAACCAAUCCACGGCCGGCCCUGUCCAGCCCAAGCUUUGUGUCGUCGCCCGCCACGUUUGCUCAUCCAAAUUCCGACCAUCCUCUUGAGCAUGACGGGGCGACUGAGUCCGAGCGCGAACGCUCCUUGCAUCUCGACACUGUCCGGGAGAUUGUCAAGCUGCGCUCGCACGAGCUGCGAGUGGGACUUCCCCUUCUUUUGUCGCUUUGGCACGUGUUUGAGUAUCGCGUGGAGCAAGCUGCUGGACCCGCGCGGGACUUUGCUCGGCUCAUUCUUGACGAGCAGUCCCGCGUUCUUUCGUCCUUGAUUGCCAAUCCUGCUGCGACAACCGUUGGAGGUGAUUUCUGCGCUGCCCAGUCUGAAUCUGGACCUUUGUCUGAGCGCUUGCUUGCAGAGAACAAGCGGGAGUACGACAUUGAAGCACUCACCGACUUUCUGGGCACCCAUGCCAAGCGCUUCCAUGUCACCCUCUUCCUCCUCUGCGAUGCUCUUGCCGACCACGAGUCGCGCUGGUCGCCGCCGCGUCUUGCUCGGCUUUGCCGUGUUGGGCGCUAUCUCGAAUGGCAAGGCGCCAUCGUCCACGACAUUGCACGCCACGACCGCGAUCGCCACGAUGGUACGCCCAACGCUCUUCUGUAUUGGCUGCAAUUGCCAACUCGAGAUCGUGCCUCCGCUUCGGGUACUGUGACGGAUGAUUUGGUGUCAGAGUUUGUGCGUGUCGCGCUGUUGACGUGCGCCGAGCAAACUGCAGACUUGUUCGACCAAGAGGAGGACAGUGAUGUGAAUGACAGCUCUGAGAAUCCAGUCUUUACUCAGUCUUCGGUCCGCGAGGCAUUGAACAAUAUUCGCACCCAUUACGGCAAGGCGGAGCUGUUUGCGCGCGAACAACAGCAUUUGCGGGAGGAACGCGCUGCGUCGAGCUAGCUGUGUUUAAAUUGACGCUUGUAACAAGUUUUUUGUACUGUAAAAUCUAUGUAUCAUCA